ACAGAAGGCCAGUCAGCGAGAGCGAGGGAACACUUUCCUCUCCUCGUGGUGUUUACCCCUUGACAUUGCCAUCAGAGGCACUCCUCGCCUCACCUGAUCACUCGAAAUUCAUCCUUGACAAUGGCACUCAGGAUUCUUCACUUGGCACUCGUUCUGCUGGUGGCCAUAGGUCGUGGUGUCCAUAGCCAGAGUGUGUCCGACGAAGUUGAAGUGGCGGACCAGUCUAAAGACACCGAGGCCUCACACGAGUGCACGAGGACGCCGCCAAAAUGUGCAAACGAAGGAGGGUUCUGUCUCAACCUCGCUCUUCCCUGCGCUGGAAAAAUGGACGAAGGUUUAUGCAACAACAAACACUGCGGGUGCUGCAUGAAACACGAAUGCGCCAACACACCGAAGAAGUGUGCAACAAGCAACGGGGUGUGUGUGAACCUCUCAGACUACUGCGCUGGAAAGACUGACGAUUCGCUCUGCAACAAUAGGCACUGUACCUGUUGCAAGAAACACGUGUGUAGCAAUACUACAAAACGGUGUCAGAAUGCAGGGGGGAAUUGCAUUAACGUGAUGGACGCUUGUGAUGGAAGUACUGAUUAUAGUCUUUGCUUUAACAAACACUGCACUUGUUGUAUUCCUAGGGAUUAACUACAUUGUUGGUAGAGUGGAUUUGUCGCUUCCGUAAGUUUUACUUAUUUAUAUAUUUCUUUUUCGGAAAACAAUAUAUAUGUAUAUG